AUGGUGUAUGAAUUCAAUGAUCCAGCACUAAGGUCUGGUUUGUGGAGAGACAUAACGAUUAUAGCUAAUCAAGUGCUAGGGGCAUGGGAAAUUAUGGGAGAUUUCAACUCUAUACUCAAUCAAGAGGAUAGAGUGGGAAGUAAGGUGAGUUAUGUAAAAAUAAAGGAGUUUAAGGAAUGCGUUGAGCAAUGUGGACUAAAAGAACUGAAAUCAUCGGGGUGUUUUUAUACAUGGAGCAACAAACAAGAUGGACCAGAUAGAGUACUAAACAGGAUUGACAGGGUGAAUAAGUUGCCAGCAUAUGAGGUUCAUUAUGAUCAUAGUCCUGUAAUGAUCAAAUGGGAGGGAACUGGUACUCCUAACAUAAGGAUAUUCAGAUAUUACAACAUGUGGAGCAUGGACAAUUCCUACAUGACAAGAGUGGAGGGUAGCUGGAGACAACUAACAAAGGGGACAAGCAUGUUCAAAGUUGUGGGAAAAUUAAACAGACUUAAAAAAGUGAUGCUAAAGUUGAAUAAAGACAAGUUUGCAGAAGUGGAGAAACAGGAAGAUGAAAGCAUGAAAAAGCUGGUAGAGUGUCAAGAGAAAAUACAAAAGGGACCCAGGAAUGAACUGCUAUUCAAAGAGGAGAAAGAGUUGACGAAGAAAUACAUAUACUGGAAGGAAGCAAAAAUAAACUACUUGCAGCAGAAAAGAGAAACAGUUCCAUCAACAUAUGCGGUAGCUGAUGCUUUUAGUGAAUUCUAUGCAAGGCUACUAGGCACUGACCGGCAGAGCAGAGAUCAUGUGGAAGUUAAAGAAGCACUAUGGGAUAUAGAAGGGACAAAGGCACCAGACCCUGAUGGGUAUGGCAGCCAAUUUUUCAAGGAUACCUGGACCAUUGUAGGUGGGGAUGUCACUGUAGCUGUGCUGGAAUUUUUUCAAUCUGGGAAAAUGCUCAAAGCUCUCAACAGUACAAUGAUCACUCUUAUACCAAAAACUUCUCAUGCUACAACAGUUGAAGAUUAUAGACCUACAACAUGCUAUCCGGUUUUGGAUGACCCGAGAGCGUUUUGGCGCCUAAUAGUGAAAAUUGGUUCUUUGAAGUUUUUUGAAGUUUUUUAA